AUGGUGGAUUCUCCGGUAAAAGGAAGAAAUAUUUCUGAAAAGAGUUCUACUGGUCAGGUUCCUAAAAAAACUCCUCUAACCGGACAUGAUCAGAAUCCUCCUCACAAGGAGCCAAAACAACAUGCUAACAUACCGGAUCCUGUAGUUCUAGUUUCUCAACAAGAAGUCGAAGAAAUGUUUAAACAAAUUCUCCAACAGUUGGAGGAGGAGGGAGAAGAAAUAUCCCGCCCUUACUACCAUUGGUGCAAAAUCAGAAGUGAAGUUAAAUUCAUGCACAUGCUCCCUGACUACACCAAAAAUAAGCAUUGGUCGACACUAAUGGCCAUGGAAGACGAGGUAUUCAAUAUGGCAAAAUCUGAUUUUGUUCCAUUGGUCUUGGCAAGAGGAAAGUUGGUCAACGAACACGCCAUACUACAAGUACUGACCAAAGCAUUGGAAGAGAGCCGAGGGGAACCAACCGAGGUUGAAAAGAAAGUGGUGGAAAAAGUUAUUAAACUGAGGGACGACUUAAAAAGAGACAUCGCACGACUGGAGGAAGAAUCGAAGGAAAGGCUAGUCUUUGAACAUGGUGAAUCAUCCAAACCGACGGGGGACCAGCAAGAAGGAAACAGACCGAAAUCCAGUGAGGAUAAAGACGGUCACCAUGCCACUCCAUCAGGCAAAUCAACAAGUAAGUCCCAUAUUCAUGUUCACUUUGUAGAAUCAAAUCCAGCUAACCAAGAAGAACCGAAAAUGGCCAUGUUGGUCCAUUCUCUUCACCCGGAGCAAAGUCACGAAGUUGCACACUUAUCUGCCGACAUAAGGGAACUCAUCUUCGAAGUUGUCCAAGGCUCAAUGGACAAGUAUCAGGCCGCCGCGGAAGCGAGGACCGCCACAAUCAAUUCAAACCUAAUUGAGACGAUCCGAACAGAUGCGGAAACAACCCUCAAACUCCAACACGAUGAAGAAGAACAAGAACGGCUAAAAAAAGAACGUGAAGAAGAUGAUUUCUGUGUUGCACAACAAUUUCAAGAGGAAGAAAAGGCCAAACAAAAAGAAGACGAAACGGUUCAAGUUGAGCGGCCACGUGGCAUGAUAACAAGGGCUCGGUCAAAUAAACGAAAGAGAAGAAAGAUAACCGAAUUGCUAUCUCGGGUGGAACAAGGUGGUCCUCAACUGGUUGAAAAUUCCAUUGCUCCAUUUGACGAAGAAGAGGAAGAAGAUGAUAUUCCCUUGAACCCAAGAAACAGAAAAUUGUACCGACAUCAUCUAAUCCUUCAACCAGUUAGAGACCAUCAACCGAACCUCCACCUCGACCGCCCAGAUCAGAAGGCAGUUUCUUCAACUUUAACCGUUUCCCUUCCUCCAGACCAAGUAUCAUAA